CAAGUAAAAAUCAGACAGCGAUACUUUUUAGCAACUGGGGUUCAUUAACACUUAUUGGGCAAUUAUAUUUUACCGAUGUAAGGGUAUUAUUUAUAUUAUCAACAAUUCUUCUUGCAAAUCAUUUACAUUCUCUACAGCGUUUGCCAGUAGUAGCUGAGUUAGAGGAAAAUAACUAUCAUCUUCGAGAUGCAUUACAGACAGAAAUAGAAAAUAAUCACCUAAAUGAGAAAUGGUUCAAUCAACUGAAAUGUGAAUAUAAGCAGGAAAUCCAAAAUCUCAAUAAAGAGAUAGCAGAGCUAAGAUCUGAAAUCUCCAGUCUAAAAAGUCAGCUAUAUCAAGCUAAGAAAGAUGUGCGAGAUAAGGAAUAA